AGCGCUCCAGCGAUUCUCAGUACAUAACUGUCGCUUUGUACCUAUCACAAGAAGUGUAGAUUGAGGAGUGUGCGCUAGUUUGAGCCGUCCUCUUUCGGGAAACUGUUGUUGACUUUCAGUAAUGAAGGGAACUUGUCAAAGACUCCAAGGGUAACAUUUUGGAGUCAUUAUUACAAGCGCAUUUACCCAAACGUCUAGGUCCUCGCCAAGGACUGUCCACCCGGGAUGUUCGACCUAACGAAGGAAUGGAAUCUGUCGUUCGCCGGCUGCGGGUUCCUGGGGAUCUAUCACAUCGGAGUGGCCAGCUGCCUGCUGGAACAAGCGCCCUACCUCAUCAAAGGUGCCACCAAGAUUUACGGGGCUUCCGCCGGUGCCCUAACCGCCUCGGUGCUCGCCAGCCAGGCAUCCAUAGCUAAGUGCUGUGAGGAUGUGAUCGAGACGGCCAAGGAGGCCCGGAAGCGUAACCUGGGUCCCCUUCACCCCUCCUUCAACCUGGUCAAGGUCAUCAGGUUGGGCCUGGAGCGUGACCUGCCCGCCGACGCACACACACUCGCCUCCGGGAGGCUGUGUGUGUCACUCACUCGCGUGUCUGAUGGACAAAACGUCAUCGUGUCCGAGUUCAAGUCCAAGGAGGAGCUCAUCCAGGCACUGCUGUGUAGCUGUUUCAUCCCCAUAUACUGUGGUCUGAUCCCCCCAUCCUUCCAAGGAGUGCGUUAUGUGGAUGGGGGGAUCAGUGACAACCUUCCACAGUCAGAGCUGAAGAACACCAUCAGCAUUUCUCCGUUCUCCGGCGAGAGCGACAUCUGUCCCCGGGACACCUCCUUCAAAUUCCACGAGCUGCGCUUCACCAACACCUCCAUCCAGAUUAACCUGGACAAUAUGUACCGCCUCAGCAAUGCCCUGUUCCCCCCAGAACCCAAGGUCAUGGCAGAGAUAUGUCAGAGUGGCUACAAGGAUGCCCUUCGCUUUCUUGAGGAGAACCAUCUGCUGAAGCUGGAGUGUCCGACUGCCGGCCCCAACCUAUCAGAAGCCAUACACACCUGCUGCUGCAAGCCCAUCCCCACGGAAACCACUAAGGACUGGAUGCUCCGCCGGCUCCGCCUCCUCAGGAAGCGGCACUGGUGGCUGGACGAGCAGAUUGUUGACAACCUGCCUACCCAAAUCAAAAAAGUGUUCUGUGAGGCGUGCCAGCAGAAGCCGGGUCUGUAUGCUCAGGUGUCCGAGAUGCUGCCGGUCAGAGUGGCCUCCUACAUGCUCCUGCCCUGCACACUACCUGUGGUAUCAGCCUACUCAGUGGGCAAGAGGUUUGUGGAGUGGAUCCCCGAGGUGCCUGCAGAUAUGCGUUGGCUAGCUGGGGUGGCUGGGGAUGUGGCUGGGAGCGUGUACAGACAUACCUGGAGAGGAGCACCAGCAGACAUAACCAGUGAUGGUUCCCGGAGGAAUUGCAUGAGCCUGCCCCUACCCCUGGACAGUGACGGACACAGUGAGAGAGACUGUCACCUCUCCGGGUUCGCUCUCUCUGCUCUUGACCUCCAAAGCCAAUACUGGAACAUCCCCACCGCCCCCUCUUCCCACCGCCGCACCAGCCCCCUCAUGCUCAGCCCCUCCCCACGACAGAUCUGCUUCUUUGUUGGCUCGCAGGACGAGAGUGACUGACAGUCCCAUCCACCAAUGAGAGGACACUGUGACUUUGUUUUAAAAGAUGAUAGGACAGUCCAGCUCAAGAUCCCUCCCACAGGGCCUGUCUAUAGGCUAUAGGAACUGUGAAGGGUGGUUUGGGAUGGACAAAUGAUGGUCAUGUGAUUGAAUAGCUUUGGGAUCCAGAACUGUUGCUAUAGACAUACUAAUCAUGUAUUUUGAUCACUCCACCAUCCAUAUUUUAUUCUACAGUACACAUUGUAAAACAAUUUACCUGCUCACCACCAAAGACCUCUGCAAGUGAAUUAUUUUUUGAAAUUAUACAUUUUAUAACUAA